UGUGUGUGUGUGUGUGUGUGUGUUUUUGGUGCGCGGAUGCCGAAAGGGGAGUUCCUGAUGCGGUCGCUUUAGUGGCUGAUCGUCGCGCGGACUUUGGCAAGAGAAAGGCACGGCGAAGCUGGUUGGAUUGGCGGCGACGGCAGCGGCGGCGGCAGCGGCUCUUCCUUCCCGUUUUUCCUGCCGUUUGUUGGCGGCUGCUUCCUUCUUCUUAUCCCCCCCGCCCUCCCUGCCCCCGAUCAAUCACUUUUGUUUCGGCGGUCGCUGCCGCAGCUGCCCGCAAAGCGGGACAAAAUGCUCCUGGAUGCUGGACCUCAGUACCCAGCCAUCGGUGUGACGACCUUCGGCUCUUCUCGCCACCACUCCACGGGCGAUGUGACGGAGCGUGAGGUGGGACUGGGCAUCAACCCCUUCGCCGACGCCGGCAUGGGCGCCUUCAAGCUCAACCCCAGCAGCCACGAGCUGGCCUCCGCCGGCCAGACCGCCUUCACUUCGCAGGCCCCGGGCUACGCGGCGGCGGCGGCGCUGGGACACCACCACCAUCACCCGGGCCACGUCGGCUCCUACUCCAGCGCGGCCGCCUUCAAUUCCACGCGGGACUUUCUUUUUCGCAACCGGGGCUUCGGGGAAGCGGCGGCGGCGGCCAGCGCGCAACACAGCCUCUUCGCCUCGGCGGCCGGCAGCUUCGGAGGGCCCCACGGGCAUGGCGAGGCGGCGGGCCAUCUCCUCUUCCCGGGCCUCCACGAGCAAGCCACGAGCCACGCGUCGCCCAACGUGGUCAACGGGCAGAUGCGCCUCGGUUUCUCCGGAGACAUGUACGGCCGACCGGAGCAAUAUGGGCAGGUGACCAGCCCGCGCUCCGAGCAUUAUGCAUCCCCCCAACUGCACGGCUACGGCCACAUGAAUAUGAACAUGGCAGCCCAUCACGGAGCGGGGGCCUUCUUUCGUUACAUGAGGCAGCCCAUCAAGCAGGAGCUCAUCUGCAAGUGGAUCGAACCCGAGCAGUUGGCUAACCCCAAAAAGUCCUGCAACAAAACUUUCAGCACCAUGCACGAGCUGGUGACUCACGUCACCGUGGAGCACGUUGGCGGGCCCGAGCAGUCCAACCACAUCUGCUUCUGGGAAGAGUGUCCCAGAGAAGGGAAGCCUUUCAAGGCCAAAUAUAAACUGGUCAACCACAUCCGCGUCCACACGGGGGAGAAGCCUUUCCCUUGUCCUUUCCCGGGAUGCGGCAAAGUCUUCGCUCGCUCGGAAAAUCUCAAAAUCCACAAAAGGACGCAUACAGGUGAAAAACCCUUUAAGUGUGAAUUCGAGGGCUGUGACAGGCGCUUCGCCAACAGUAGCGAUCGCAAAAAGCACAUGCAUGUCCACACGUCAGAUAAGCCUUAUCUCUGCAAAAUGUGCGAUAAAUCCUACACGCAUCCCAGCUCCCUACGAAAACACAUGAAGGUCCACGAAUCCUCUAACCAGGGAUCCCAGCCUUCUCCCGCUGCCAGCUCGGGUUAUGAAUCGUCAACCCCCCCAACCAUCGUCUCUCCAUCCACAGAAAACCAGACCACGAGUUCCUUAUCCCCCUCAUCUUCAGCGGUCCAUCACACGUCCAGCCACAGUACGCUCACGUCAAAUUUUAACGAAUGGUACGUUUAAACAAACAAACGAACGGGGGCAAAAAGCGACCUAUUUAAAAGACUCAAAAAUAAUAAUAAUAAUAAUAACGAACACUUUGAAAUUGAUGAAUCUUUUUUGGGGGUGUGUGUUUUGUUUGUUUGUUUUUUUAUAUAAAUAAAUAAAUAAAUCUAUCAAUCUAUCUAAAUGCUGCCAUAGACCCAGGUGUGAACCAAAUCAAGAAUUCUCUCUCCCUCCCCCUCCCCUCCCCCCCCAGGUCUGGUUUCUUUCCCUCUCUGGUCCCUUUUCUGCUGUUUGCUUUGGUUCCGGGGCCAAAGGCUAGGAGAGCAAAGCCCAAAAGGUUCUGUUGUGUAUGAGAGAAAGGCCGGUUUGUGGUGCCAUCUUGUCCAUGUGUAGGGCUUUUCAGAUGGGGACCAUUGACUGGAGCUCUCACAACUGCAUGUUUCUCUGGGCAGCUGCCUCCUGUUUUCUGUAAAUACAGAAAUACUAGCUUACAAUGUACUGUUCGAUUUUGUAAAUAGUUCUGCCACAAGUUGAAAUAAGGGGCUAUGUGAAACGGUGGUCUUUGCAUAUACUGGGGGUGGGGGGGUGGGAGGGAGGGGAGAGGGAGGAGGCUGAAAGGGGGGAAGGGGGGUGGUAGAAGAUCAACUAUUUGUACUGAAUGGCAAGGAUGUUCUAGUAAAUGUGUACCAAAAUGUGAAUUACUUUGUAUUAUUACAGUCUAAACGUCAACCUAACAGAAUAUUAUUGGUGUGCUUUUUCUUUUGUAUAAAGUGCAAGCAUUUCGUUCCAAAGUCCAGUCUAAGUAGUGCAGUAAAAUGUUGUUACAUGUCCUGUCAAAAUAAUUCGUAUAGUGCAAGCCUGGAUCUGCGUGUCAAACUGUUACAUUUGUGUAUGUAAAGUGAUAUUAAAAAAAAAAAAAGAAAGAAAGGAAAAAAAAAGCUAUAAGCUAUAACCUGUCCAUUGCUUUUGGCAAAUACAACCACAUAUUGUAUAUAUUUCCCGAAUUCCAUAUUUAUCCGCAUGUAAAGGUCUGGUUAUACAUGUUACAGAUAUUCAAUAUUUAUGGCUAGAAGAAUUGGUAUGUACAAUUUAGUUUACAGAACUGUUUGGUAACAUUUCGUACAUUAUUAAAGAUUCUGAAAUCCUGUAA